AAUACAGUAUUUUUAAUUUGAAAAUAAAAAUUCUUCAUUUAUAGAUAUUUAUUGAUAGAGAUCCAGCAGCUUUUGCACCCAUUUUAAAUUUUCUUCGGACAAAAGAACUAGACUUAAGGUAAGAAAUGCAUCCUUUUUAAAGUAAAUUCUUGCUGAUAACUAUUUUUGAUACAUUUUAUAAAGAAAAUGUUGUUUAUCCCUUUGACUUUUUAAAUUGACCUAUAACAUUUAUACUUAUUUAAGGGCUAUAGCUUGAUACAUGCAAUGUGUAAUAAUCAAAUCAGGGUAAUUUGCAUUUCUAUCUCAUAUCAUUUUUAUGUAUUGGGGACCUUUAACCCAUUCUAUUUUGAAAUAUAUGAUUAAUUUCUGUAGACUGUAGUUUCCCUGUCAUGCUAGAGAACAUUAGAACUACGUGCUCCCUCUGUGUCUUUGUCAUGAUGGGCAAAGGUGUGACUUAUGCAGUAGAGGGGGAGAAAUAAGAAUGUCUAUGUGCUUCUUCCCUUUCAAUGCUUUAUUGACUCACAUCACUCAAUAUAAUUUCAAUCUAUAGAUUCUUGAUCAAGAAAAUGACAGUAGCAUAAUCAAUCCACAGCAAACAAUUCUAGAUUAAGUCUAAACACUGCAAACACUCUUAAUUAUGACAGGCUCAUGACAUUCCCUCUGCAUGCUAAGCUCAAGUGCCAGAUCUGAAGUUUCAAGCCUUAUGCUCUAAGUCCAGCAGAUGCACACUCACUCAGACCAUGGUGCUCAGGUCAGGGACUGAGGCAGGCUUCUCCUGGGGUGGGGCUGACAGCCCGUUGAAGAGAGGGUCAUAGGGAGAAGUUGCAGUUCUCACCAGGGUCAAGAUGUGGCUGUAGAGUUUGAAAGCAGUAAGGAAGAUGCAGAGGAUUAGGCAAAGGAUGAGAAUAAUUGGGAUAUCAGUCCAGGUCCUCAUCAGGCUCUCCGGCAUGAGGGCAUCAGUGCUGGCUGGCUGGCUGUCUGUUCAUUUGCUUCAUCAUUUAUACUAAAUUUUGGGGCUUGUGACCACCCUUUCAAUCCCCAUUGUGCUAUUGGAUUUCUUGGUGGUGUCAUUUGCCUUGAGGUUAAAGCAUCUGGUCUGGUGGUCCCCACCCUGAUUUUCUUGCCUUUCCUCCUUAUCGGGGUGAGGGCAGCAUGACAGAGACUUUACUCUUGAGUUUGUCAGGAUGGGGAGAAAAGCUGUGCCUGAUGAUCAUAUUGGAGGGCUCCAUAGGUGUGCCUGGUGAGACUGCAGGUUUCAAAAUGGAGUUUCAAAAUGGAGUUGCUUAGGCUAAGGCCUAAGUCCAUCUUUAUAUAUUGGAUAUCUAUUACCUACCUUCUUACUGGUCCUCCCCAAUUCACUCCUUUCCUCUAAAGACCUCUUUUCUAUCUCUCCUCCUGUGUGAUCAACUUUUUGAAUGAGAAUAUACAGUAUUUGCCAAGUCUAUUUUAAAAAAUAUUUUUAUUAGUUAUAGAUGAACACAAUACCUUUAUUUUAUUUAUUUUUUAUGUGAUGCUGAGAAUUGAACCCAGUGCCUCACACGUGCUAGGCAAAUGCUCUACCACUGAGCCACAACCCUAGCCUUGCCAAGACGAUUUUUGAUUAAAGAUUUCCUCAGGCUUAAACUUUCAUAGAUACAGGCCAGCAUCAUCUCUUCCUUUAAUGUAUUUCCAAAAACUUCUUGAGCAGUUUACCUACCUUGUAUCCCUCCAUUAUAUUUUCCACAUUGCUGCCAAAAUUAUCUUCUGAUCAGGUUGCUACUCUGCUUAAAACUCUCGAUGUUAUAUUGGACUGAUGGCUUAGGAUUCAGGGCUUGAUGAUCUUUGUCUAUAGUCUGGCCCCAGCGUAAUUUCUCUUAUAAAAUUUGUAUUCUUCCUGGUCUUGACUAAACCUGACUACUUUAAUAAUCUUUGCUGUGUCUACCUAAUUUAAGUAUUCAUAGUUUCCUAUUCUGUCAUUGUCAUAGCACUUGUUAUAUUUCAUUCAUUUUUAUUAGUCUGUCUUUUAUUAGAUUUAAAUUCCAAAAGAGCAGCUACAGUUUGCUAUAUAUUCCUAGGACCUAAGUCUGUGAUUGAAGCAUGGUAAGAGCUCAUUACAUUAUUUUCUUUGUGGAUAAAUCAAUGAUUGUUUGAACUAUAUCUUUAACAUUGCCAUCUUCAAUUAUAGUUGAGUUUCCUAUCAGGGAGUGAUGAUUUGCAUUUACUAUUUUCAUAUUUUCCCAAUAAGCUUUCAGUAAGGAUUCCUUAAUUUUUUUUUUUUUAGAAAUUUAGUUGUUCAUUUUAGCUGCUUCUUUAUAAUAUUGUUUUGGUUUUGGCUUAUAUUCAUUCGCUAGAAGGUAAACUCCUUGAAGACAGAGAUCUUUUUUGGUCUAAGUUUAUUUCUUGGCAUAUACCCAUCAUUAAAGUAGCAUGUGUAAUAUAUAAAAAUAGAUAUUUAUUAAAUGAAUAAAAAAGUUUGUAGGGCCUUCUUGUUAUAUCUAUUUUUUUGUCUGUGAUUGGUGGGAUGUAAGAAGUAUAUUACUACUUCUUGAGAAAGAUUAUUUUCACUCAUAGCAUUUGGAUUGAGAAAGUCCCAAGUUCACUUCUAGUCAAUGAUUAUCUGACUAAUACGUAGUUACAUCAACCAUAAAAGGCAGAUUUAAUUUAAAUGUGUAUGUUUACCAGCAACUUUUCUUACAGCUUACUAUCUUUUUUCAGUUAAAGAGCCUUACCAAGUUUAAAUUCUCAAUGGUUCCCUCUAAAAGAAGAUGGGAAGGAAGGGAUUAAAAACAAACAACCCUCAAAUAAUUAUGUUCUAAUUCUCUUCCUUGAAAUCUGCUUUGCCCAUAUCAUGCUGUUUUAUAAUUAUUGUAUUUGUUUGCCUGUCCUAAGGAGAAUGAAAGUCUUGAAGAACUAUCAUUUGUGCCCUGAGCCACCUGUCAACACAGAUAGUUUUGAAAUGGAAUCAGAAAAUUUAAAUCAUUCUUAUGUCAUAAUUAAUUUCACAAAUAAAAACAGUUGAAUAUCACCGUUUUAUAUUUAUUAAGGCCAGGUGGUAUUUAUAAAGUAAGGACACAUAAUAGAAACCUAAAAUGAAUCAUCAUUAUUGUAAGCUCUGAGGCUUAUAUUCUUUUUUUUUACUUUUUGUUUUCCUGUUACUUAACUGUAUUACUGUGUUGUAACAGUCUUUAUCUGGAUGACACUGUCUUUGCUAAAGCUAAUGUUUUUCCUAUUUUUAUUUUGUUUUGUUCACUCAACAAAUUAUUUAUGCCAGCACUGUGCUAAGUGUAGUACAAGGUAUACAGAAGUUGAAGUAGAUUGCUUGUAUGGAGCUUACAAUAUAAUGAGGAAGGUUAAAAUAUGUGUGGAAAUAAUCAUGUUAAAAAGCUACAAGCAAUUCCAUAAGGAAUAACUUUCUCUCUUGUUUUUGUGUCUGAUACGUCUUGAUAAGUCAUUUGCGUUAGAGUACAGCCCUAACUCUUUUACUUACUCAAUUCAUUGAAUAUUUUUUUUAUAGUAGGUAACAAAAUGUUUUGGUUCACAUGAAGUUGUUUUUUUAUUUAGACUUUUUGAAAUGAUUAAGGAUAUUAAAAAUAAAGAAUAUUAGGAAAAAAAGUAAGUUUAAAGCCUUAUGGCUUUUUCACUUUUAGAACCCAGUACUUUCUCCUGUUGCUUCAGGUAUAAUCUAAGUUACCAAUGUUAAAGAAUUUAUUUCAUUCAUUUGUUUCUUUAUAGGGGAGUAAGUAUUAAUGUUCUCAGGCAUGAAGCAGAAUUUUAUGGAAUCACUCCAUUAGAGAAAAUAAAAAUGGAGUACUGUUUUUCUGUUUGCAUGUACUCUUGACAAGUUUGCUUUGAAAUGUUUUUAGUAAGAAGGCUUCUCCUAUGUGAAGAAUUGGAGCGUUCAUCUUGUGGCAGUGUCCUUUUUCAUGGUUACUUGCCCCCACCAGGCAUUCCUAGUCGUAAAAUAAACAACACAGCUAGAUCUUCUGCUGAUUCUCGGAAUGGACUAAAUUCUGCAGAAGGUGAAGCCCGGGGAAAUGGUACUCAACCUGUUCUCUCUGGAACUGGAGAAGAGACUGUUAGACUGGGAUUUCCUGUGGAUCCACGAAAGGUGCUAAUAGUAGCUGGCCAUCACAACUGGAUUGUAGCUGCAUAUGCUCAUUUUGCUGUGUGUUACAGAAUCAAAGAAUCUUCAGGAUGGCAACAAGUGUUUACAAGCCCCUAUUUAGACUGGACUAUUGAACGAGUGGCUCUAAAUGCAAAAGUAGUUGGAGGUCCACAUGGAGACAAAGACAAAAUGGUUGCUGUUGCCUCAGAGAGCAGCAUCAUCCUGUGGAGUGUUCAGGAUGGGGGAAGUGGAAGUGAAAUUGGAGUGUUCAGCCUUGGUGUUCCUGUAGAUGCCCUCUUCUUUAUUGGUAACCAGUUGGUGGCCACGAGUCAUACAGGGAAAGUAGGAGUGUGGAAUGCUGUCACUCAGCACUGGCAGGUUCAAGACGUUGUUCCUAUAACUAGUUAUGACACUGCUGGGUCAUUCCUCCUAUUGGGAUGUAACAAUGGAUCAAUAUAUUAUAUAGAUAUGCAGAAGUUCCCUUUGCGAAUGAAGGAUAAUGAUCUUCUUGUAACUGAACUCUAUCAUGAUCCUUCAAAUGAUGCUAUUACUGCUCUGAGUGUUUACCUCACACCCAAAACAAGUGUCAGUGGUAACUGGAUUGAGAUUGCCUAUGGUACAAGUUCUGGAGCAGUACGAGUGAUUGUACAGCACCCAGAGACAGUUGGGUCGGGUCCUCAGCUUUUUCAGACUUUCACAGUUCACCGAAGCCCUGUUACAAAAAUCAUGCUGUCAGAGAAGCAUCUUGUAUCUGUCUGUGCAGAUAAUAAUCAUGUCCGCACAUGGACAGUAACACGAUUCAGAGGAAUGAUCUCUACUCAGCCAGGUUCCACUCCUUUAGCAUCAUUCAAGAUAUUGUCUCUGGAGGAGACAGAAAGUCAUGGUAGCUAUUCCUCUGGAAAUGACAUAGGGCCUUUUGGAGAACGAGAUGAUCAACAGGUGUUUAUCCAGAAAGUUGUUCCCAUCACUAACAAACUAUUUGUGAGACUUUCAUCUACUGGGAAAAGAAUAUGUGAGAUCCAAGCUGUUGACUGUACUACAAUAUCCUCAUUUACAGUGAGAGAAUGUGAGGGAUCCAGUAGGAUGGGCUCAAGGCCAAGGCGCUACUUGUUCACAGGCCAUACAAAUGGCAGCAUUCAAAUGUGGGAUCUGACCACUGCUAUGGAUAUGGUUAAUAAAAGUGAAGAUAAGGAUGUAGGUGGUCCAACUGAAGAAGAACUACUCAAAUUACUAGAUCAAUGUGAUCUCAGCACAUCUCGCUGUGCUACACCUAAUAUUAGUCCAGCAACUUCUGUGGUUCAGCAUAGCCGCCUUCGAGAAUCAAAUUCUAGCCUUCAGCUUCAGCACCAUGAAACCAUUCAUGAAGCAGCUACUUAUGGUUCCAUGAGGCCUUACAGAGAAAGUCCUUUGUUAGCAAGGGCAAGAAGGACUGAGAGCUUUCAUAGUUAUAGAGACUUCCAGACUAUUAAUUUGAACAAAAAUGUAGAAAGAGCUGUUCCUGAAAAUGGUAAUUUGGGUCCAAUACAAGCUGAAGUGAAGGGGGCAACAGGGGAAUGUAAUAUAUCUGAGAGAAAGUCUCCUGGAGCAGAAAUCAGAAGUUUGAAAGAAUUGGAUAGUGGAUUAGAGGUACAUAAAACAGCUGAAGUUUUUUCUGAAUCCAAGAAGAGGUCAUCAGAAGAUGAAAAUGAAAAUAAAGUAGAGUUAAGGAAGAAAGGAGGAUUUGAAGGGGGAGGAUUCCUUGGAAGAAAGAAAGUUCCCUAUCUGGCAUCAUCACCAAGUACUUCUGAUGGAGGAACCGACUCGCCUGGUACUGCAUCCCCGUCCCCUACAAAGACCACCCCGUCUCCGAGGCAUAAAAAAAGUGAUUCUUCAGGUCAAGAGUACAGUUUGUGAAAACUCACUAAAAUGAAUGGUAGUUUUGUUAAAUUAAGAUGAAAAUUAAAUUUUCCUGGAUUUCAGUACAUUAGUUUUUACAAUGAGGCUUUAUAAGAUAAAUUGGGUGUCAUUUAUUAUCUUUUUAACAGAAUUACCUGGAAUAAGGAGAUAAAAUAAUCAUAUCUCUUAAUGUUUUGGAAGGUUUUUUAGUUUUACAAACACAUUUAACAGAUUAUUUGCAAAGCAGUAUCCAUUUUAAUGUUUAGCUACUCUUUGUUGGUUUUGUUAUCAUAGUACCACAUCUUAAUAGGAUGGUGUCCAUACAGAGGAGUAUUCCCUGGAGCAUGGGAACCAACAGACUGCAUUCCUAAUCUUUAUUGUGCCUGAGACUUGUCUUGCAAUGUUAUCUUAAGUGAAUAACAAUUCUUUUUGAAAGUUGGUCUCCCAACCCUUAUUGUGAUUUCAGUGUGUUUACCAGAUAUUUGAUGAGGUGCUACGUUUGUGAAAAAAUAUCAUGUAAUUAAAAAACACUAUUAUUUUGAAUACCAGAUUCCACUGUGUAGUAAGACUUUUAGGAUUUUUUUUUUUUUUAAUCGUGGGUCACUUUCUGAUUCUCAUUGUUGGAAGUUCUUAGCAUGCAUCACCACGUAGAAAGAGCUGUUCCUGAAAAUGGUGCAAAAAGUCCAUGUGAACUUUCUUUCAAGUUGGAGCAAUUGUCUAUUUCAGAAAAGAUGAAAUAAAAAUAAUAAUCAAAGGCAAAGCUUUGAGGGCCCAGAAGGGAAAACUCAGUUGCUAAUCUGCCUUGUUUUAAGAGCCACCUUUCCUUUUAUUUUUUUUAAAGUAUUAAUAAUCAAAAUAACUUAAAUGUAGGCCAUUUUGUUAAAUGAGAUUGUAGAUUUGGGUUUUUGGCUGAAAGUUUUGGCUAUUGUAAAUGUGUUAUUUUGGAUAUAAUUUCAAUUGUUAGAGAAAAAAAUUUUGUUUUUUCAUUUAAUUGGAAUGAUUUUCAAGUUUCUGCAAAUGGGAUAAGUGCAAAUUUAAACCAUUAAGCAUUUAUUGCUGAAGAAUGUAUAUAUUCCCAUUCCAAGAAAUAUAAUGAGUAAAAUUGAAAUAAAUUCUUUAAAGUUUACUAUAUUACCAGUGGUUUCACAAAAAUUCUCUUGUAUUUAUUUAUCAAUUGAAUCAAAUAAAAAAAUUUAGACACAAUGAUUUUAGUUGUUAUUC